AAUAGAAUCACUCUGAAGUUUCCUGCUACAAGGCUAACUUAUCGAGUUCAGAACCUUGGGCUAGUCCGUUCUUGCAGGGAAGCAAGCCAGAGGAAGAAGAGAAUCUCAGUUUAAGAAUACCACUACCCGAAUACUACGUUGUCUGAUGCAAAUUCAACAUCUGCUUUCGUGGCUUUGACUUAAGGGUUGAUUCCAAUUUCCAAAAAUAACAAUAGCUUGAUCCGCCUAACGUUUCUCUGCUCCUCCUUUAACCGCCUGCUUUCUCCAAAAAAGCCCUAGAACUCUUUUGAAUAGCUAGCUAACUAUGGAUAUUGAAGAGGAUAUCAAGGCACUUCAGCUUGAUUCGUCUGAAGAUACUCCUAUGGCAAAUGCUGAUGAUGGUAAACCCGAUGAAGUUGUACAACCUGAUGAAACUGACAGAGGAGAUGUUAAGAAUGAGCCACAAGCAAACUCAGAGCAAAUGCAUACUGAGCCUAAAGGCAUUUCGGAAGAAAAAGAAAAGAAAAGUCCAGCUUUAGAGGAUGUAGAUGAUGAGGCAGAAAUCAACAAAAAGCGACAUCUGAAUGUUGUAUUCAUUGGGCAUGUUGAUGCUGGGAAGUCAACUAUUGGAGGACAGAUAUUGUUCCUUAGUGGACAAGUAGAUGACCGUACAAUCCAGAAGUAUGAAAAAGAGGCAAAGGAUAAAAGUAGAGAGAGCUGGUAUAUGGCAUAUAUCAUGGACACAAAUGAAGAAGAGAGGGUUAAGGGGAUUACUGUUGAAGUUGGAAGAGCACAUUUUGAAACAGAAACUACAAGAUUCACAAUUUUGGAUGCUCCGGGACACAAGAGCUAUGUUCCAAAUAUGAUUAGUGGAGCAUCUCAAGCUGAUAUAGGUGUCCUGGUGAUAUCUGCAAGGAAGGGUGAAUUUGAAACUGGAUAUGAAAGAGGUGGACAAACACGUGAGCAUGUUCAACUUGCAAAGACUCUUGGAGUUACAAAGCUCCUCAUUGUUGUAAAUAAAAUGGACGAACCUACUGUCAACUGGUCAAAAGAAAGGUAUGAUGAAAUUGAGGGAAAAAUGAUUCCUUUUCUGAAGUCUUCUGGAUAUAAUGUGAAGAAAGAUGUUCAAUUUCUUCCCAUAUCUGGGCUUUUGGGUUCAAAUUUGAAAACAAGAAUGGGUAAAAGUGUUUGUCCAUGGUGGAAUGGCCCCUGUCUAUUUGAAGCUCUUGAUGCGGCUGAAGUCCCCUCUCGUGAUCCUAAAGGUCCUUUCAGGAUGCCAAUUAUUGACAAAUUUAAAGAUAUGGGGACAGUUGUUAUGGGUAAAGUAGAAUCUGGUAGCUUACGUGAGGGAGACAAUUUGUUGGUGAUGCCUAAUAAGGCUGCUGUUAAAGUCCUUGCCUUAUUCAUAGAUGAAGAUAGAGUUCGACGAGCAGGACCUGGGGAAAACUUACGAGUCAGAUUAUCCGGGGUUGAGGAAGAGGAUAUCUCAUCGGGUUUUGUUUUGUGCAGUGUUGUAAAGCCAGUACCUGCUGUUACUGAGUUUGUUGCUCAGUUGUCAAUCCUGGAGUUGCUGGAUAAUGCGAUUUUUACUGCUGGAUACAAGGCUGUGUUGCACAUUCACUCAGUUGUUGAGGAAUGUGAAAUUGUAGAGUUGAUGCAGCAAAUUGAUCCGAAAACAAGGAAACCAAUGAAAAAGAAACCACUCUUUGUAAAGAAUGGUGCUUUUGUUGUGUGCCGCGUUCAGGUAAACAGUAUGAUAUGCAUUGAGAAAUUUUCUGAUUUUGCCCAGCUUGGAAGAUUCACUCUCCGCACAGAGGGGAAAACUGUUGCUGUGGGUAAAGUAACUUCUCUUCCUACCGCAUAAAAUUUUCUGUAAUCUCUCAGGUAUGGUUAUAUACAUUCUGCACCGUCUGAUCUCGAGCUGGAGCUUUCACGGAAUGACGCAAUGGAUAUUACACUGAUGGUGCAGUAUAGGGUGUUGUUGUUACUAGGCUGUCAAUGUUAGCCUACCAAAUUACCAAUCAUCAGAUUUUGACUCUACUUAUUUAAAGGGUUGUUAUUGAUAUUUUGGAUAUUUAUUGUUUUCAUAAUCUUAUUAUUUAUGAUCGAGUUGGUACGCUUUUUUGUUUAAA